AUGGUCCUCAUAGCCUGGGUUGUUACCGUGGCAAUAUUACGACCGCUAAACGGACAGCCGUCAGCCGACUGUCAGGUCGGGGUGCCUGAGAACGGCAUCUCCCCAGUCAACGAUGAAUCGGAAUUGUGGUUUUUUAUCAAUGGGAUCUGCACUGGACGGUCGUGGUUGCAAUCGAAUCUAACCUUGCUAGCCAAUACCUUUCAUCGGGAGAUAGUCGGCAUUCAUAAUCCAACAAAGGGGUUGAUUCUAGACCUCUUAGAAUGCCUCGUCCAACGCGACCUCGACUACAAGACCCGAGACAUCCGACAAGGGAGGGCCCAGCUUCGGUCAGCGCUGCGAGCCUCGGAAACACGCAAAGUCGUCCUGAUAGCCCAUUCCCAGGGCGGUAUCGAGGUGGCUUCGAUCCUGGAUUGGCUGUAUGGGGAGCUCGCCAACGAGACGCUGCGAAAGCUGGAGAUCUAUACUUUCGGCAAUACGGCCAGGCACUUUCGCAACCCGUACCUACGAGACAAUAGCGACGAGCCCGUAAUUCAGCACCUCGAGCAUUACGCCAACAAGAAUGACUUUGUGGCGAACAUUGGCGUGCUGCAGUGCACAUCCCCGACGGCCAGGUACUCCGCGAACGACCUGUUUUCGGGAAAGGUGUUCCAACAGGACCGAAGUGGCCAUCUACUGAACAUCCACUACCUCGAUACCAUGUUUGGCGGGAACCAUGAGUUCAUGGAUACCAAGGUUGAAACACGCGGGCCGUCAAGGGAAGGAUCGGAUGCUGGCGUUUCAUCGACGUCGGUAAUGGACCUCUCACGGUUGGCGAAAUACCGUCAUGGGAAAAGUCCUGAAGACGGAGUGGAUGUCUACUGUGGUGUCAAUGGUGGAUGA